CUCGGAACUCAGUUUCCCAGCAUGCUUCGGGAGCGUGCAUUUGACAAGCAGCCAAUGGGCGCCAUGACAGGCCGGCACAUGACGUCGGUGGGCUGAAGAAAGUUCCUGGCGGCGAACAGCUCGACGUUCGCCCCCACGGGAGAAUCGCGCUUUGCGGCCUGUGAAAAAGUCAACAAUGGCCUCACCGGUCUCCGUCUACAACUCCAGCGUCUUGGACGCACACAUCUCCAGCACCUCCCGAGAGUCUCUGAAGAUGGAGUUGUUGGCCGACGUCACUCUGCUGCCUGGAGAGGAGAGAAUCAUAGACAAGGACAUCAUCUACGUGUGUCCGUUCAGCGGCGCCGUCAAAGGCAAAGUGUUGAUUACAAACUACCGACUCUACUUCAAGAGCUCAGAUACGGAUGUAGCAGUGACACUGGAUGUUCCUCUGGGCACCAUCAGCCGCGUGGAGAAAAUGGGCGGGGCGUCAAGUCGGGGAGAAAACUCGUACGGCCUGGACAUUACCUGCAAGGACAUGCGAAACUUGAGGUUUGCCCUGAAGCAGGAGGGCCACAGCCGGCGAGACAUCUUCGAGCUGCUCUUCAGACACGCCUUCCCCGUCUCAAACGGCCUGCCUUUGUUCGCUUAUGUGACUCAGGAGAAAUACGAGGAGAAUGGCUGGAGCGUUUACAGGCCUGUUGAGGAGCUCAGGCGACAGGGCUUACCGAACAGCAAGUGGCGUAUUACUUUUAUCAACAAGAACUACGAGCUGUGCGACACGUACCCCACCGUGCUGGCCGUGCCCUUUAAGUGUAAAGAGGAAGACCUGAAGAGAGUGGCUACCUUCAGGUCCAGAGGCCGCAUCCCUGUCCUGUCCUGGAUCCACCGUGAGAACCAGGCGGUGAUUUCGCGCUGCAGCCAGCCACUGGUGGGCAUGUCGGGGAAAAGGAACAAGGACGAUGAGCGGUACCUGGACCUGAUCAGGGACGCCAACGACACCGCCAAGCUCACCAUUUAUGACGCACGUCCCAAUGUCAACGCCGUGGCCAACAAGGCUACAGGAGGCGGCUACGAGGGCGACGAGUACCACAACGCCGAGCUGGUCUUCCUGGACAUCCAGAAUAUCCACGUCAUGCGGGAGUCCCUGAAGAAGCUCAAAGACAUUGUCUACCCCACAGUGGAGGAGUCCCACUGGCUGUCCAGUCUGGAGUCCACACACUGGCUUGAACACAUCAAGCUUGUGUUGUCAGGAGCCAUCCAAGUGGCAGAUAAAGUGACCAGCGGUAACUCUGUGGUGGUCCACUGCAGUGACGGUUGGGACAGAACGGCUCAGCUGACAUCUCUGGCCAUGCUCAUGCUGGACAGCCACUACCGCACGCUCAAAGGACUGCAGGUUCUCAUCGAGAAGGAGUGGAUCAGCUUCGGACACAAGUUUGCAUCAAGGAUAGGUCACGGUGACAAGAAUCAUGCCGACCAAGACAGGUCGCCCAUCUUUGUUCAGUUCAUGGACUGCAUAUGGCAGAUGACCAAGCAGUUCCCCACGGCCUUUGAAUUCAACGAGCGUCUCCUGCUGACCAUCCUGGACCACCUUUACAGCUGCCGCUUCGGGACCUUCCUCUACAACUGCGAGAGUGCACGAGAACAGAAUGCCCUGCGGCAGAAGACUGUGUCGCUGUGGUCGUUGAUCAACAGUAAGACGGACGUUUACUUGAACCCUUUCUACACGCCUGAGUCGGGGAGAGUCCUCUACCCGGUAGCCAGCAUGCGCCACCUAGAGCUCUGGGUCACUUACUACAUACGCUGGAACCCACGCAUCCAGCAACAGCAGAGUCCGGUGGAGCAGCGUUACCUGGAGCUGUUGGCGCUCCGUGACGAGUACAUCAAGAAACUGGAGGAGCUGCAGCUUUCCGACUCGCCAGCGUCCCCUUCGGCGCGCCUGGCCAACAGCGGCUCCAGCGCCAACACCUCGUCUUCGUCCGCGUCGUCGCCAGCGCAGCAGCAGUACACACACCUACACACGCCCUUCUGAGGGUCGACCUCUGAUGCGCGCGCACACUCGUCACUGCUAGUGUGUCCGUGCCGUGCUAACAGAGAACGCUAAUAGGACUUUUCAUUUGUUAUUUAGCAGGUGGUUAUGUAUGCAAUAUGGCACCGUGCAGCCUUGUCAACACACAUACAUACACACACGCACACACACACAAGCCUUAAUGACGUCUGCUAACUAUCAUUCCAAGGGCUUGAACACACAUAGGUCAUGAAGCCACCGUGCUGACUGAAGACGCACAAAAGACAAACGCACGCACACACACCAUUUCAAGUGGAGAUGAGCACACAGAGUUGAGGUGCAGCGAGGGGAAAAAUGGGGUCAUGAAAGGAUUGGAAUCCCCCUCGUCUGUUCAGUUGCCGGUUCCUCUCUCGGCUCUUAAGCAAGCGGACAAGUCGGACGACGCAUUGUCGCGUCAGAUGCGGACGUUAACCCCGCUCGCCCCAGAGAUGAUAUUGUUAACGUUCAGAAUUGCGCGUAUUCUCCGAGUGACGCUCUUCCUUAUGUCUUCGCAGCUAUCCCGAUUUGCAUCGGGAGAAAUGUCCGUGACGUAAAGUCCUGCUGUCCUUUGAUGCAAUAACGGUGGUUUCCGGAGCCAAAAAGCAAAUCGGCGACACCCCCGUCGAGCUCGUCAGAUGCUCGAGCGUCGUCCAAAUGUGUGCCUUGAUUCCCCCGCGUUUCACAUGACUGCGCUUUGGUUUCCAGUCAACUCGACAGGGUACGAUUUUCGUGAGCCCGUCAAAUCACAAUGUCCCAAAAGUGCUCAAGGUAACAGUCUAAAACAGUGGUCCUGUGGCCCGUUGCUGACCAGUUAAUACAAUUAUGUGCUUUUUGUGUUCUGGGAACCGCGAGUGGGUCGUAUCACGACCACAUUCCUUUUUAAAUUUACUGUUUUAAAGCAUCUGCACUGAAAACUAAGAUAACUAGACAGAUGAGUAUUUUAUUACAUUUUCAGAACCGCAUAAAAAGAUGAGCAAAGUCUAAUAUUUUGAAUCAACAAUACAACUGUAGAACGGAAUAAAAAAUAAAAAAAGACUGCUCAGGAAUAAUGUAUACGCCUUAAAAUGUAAAACUAUUAUUUUUAAGUUGGUCAGGAUGCUCCUUGCGUGAUUGCCACUCAAAUAUUCAUGCUUUCCACAUCAAUUUGGUGGCACUUGUUAAAAUCAUUCACUAGGAUUGUCCUUUUUAAGAUAACGCCUUCCACUUUAGAAAUAAUACAAUCGACAGGGAUGAACUUAGUAUUUCUUCAGCUACAUGUUUAGCUGCCCCUUUAGUCAUUGUUUACUCCCAUUAUUUUCUGUUGAGAGCGGAACCCGUACCGGGCCCGCGGACGAGUGGUUUCAAAAUGUUCAACGUGAAAAAAAAUUAAUAGUUGCGUCAUUAGAUUACAUGCCGCUAAACGAUCGCCAGAGGUCGAAGUGGCCAUAAAUAGAAAUAUCUUCAUUCUACAUUUUGGUGACUGUUAAUCCCGAUUGUUUGACUGUAAGCGACGUUCCAGUUUUCACGUUAAAGUUAAGCGUCAACCUGUCCCGGUACUUGUGUGCCGUCAUUCACCCUUCUCGUAGACUUGCUCUUAGUCGGAGAGAGUUCUUUUGAAAGUUGUCGAACAGCCAUGCUCAUUUCCCGGCAUCCGUCCUGAAAAGCUCGCGAACAGGGUAAUGGAACCGAUCGAGAGGCUUUCCUUGAGCUUUGCGGACAUUCACUUCAGAUGAAAUCUAUUUUUCUUGUCUUUUCUAUAAACACUAGGAUCAGGAUGUGAUUACCUCAGUCCAAAGCUAUUUUGCGCUCUCAUGUAAAAAAACAAUCAAUUAUCGAGAGUCAAAUGUUUUAUUUUAAUGGGGGGAUGAAGGGAAUGGUUGCCGGGUUUUUUUCUUGUGGGAAGCGCUUGUAUACUACUCGACUUAACUUGACGUGUCUUUUUGUGGUUUGGUUCCUUUGCUGCGCUUUGUUUUUCACAAAAGGGAAGAAGCAAACAAGACCGCCAUCAAACCUUCACAACUGCUUGGUUCUGUAAAUAUUAUUGAUUAAAUUAAUUUAAGAUUGA